AUGUCGUCUUCCGUGAGAAUGGCCGGCCUACUCGGUCAGGCCGCCCGAGUCAUUUCCAUCCCCGAAUCCUCUCAAUCCUACCGCAUUCUUCCCCUCCUCCGCAGCACGUCGCGAUCACAAUGUCGAGCCUACUGCCAAGCGCAGCGCCCUCGCUCAACCCAGAAUAUCAAGAGUGCCUUGGAACUCCGGAAUAACUUCUCAACGAGUGCCUCUUAUGCUCGCUCCAAGACUAUGGGUCAAUUGAAGCAGCGCAACUCCACCGGGCCUUUCUCGUGGAAGGCGGCCUUGCUGUUCGUGUUGACCGGCGCGGGCAUGAUGAUUUACUUCCGGGUCGAGAAGGCUCGUCUGGAGCGCAAGCGUAUUGCGGAGAUGAGCAAGGGUGUUGGAAAACCCAAGGUUGGCGGUCCGUUUACGCUGAAGGAUCUGGAUGGAAAGGAGUUCACUGCGGAGGAUCUGAAGGGCAAAUACAGCUUUGUCUACUUCGGUUUCACCCAUUGCCCCGAUAUCUGCCCCGACGAAUUGGAUAAGAUGGCCGAGAUUAUCGAAAAGGUUAAGGAGGCUACCAAGGACGACAAGGUUUUCCUGCCCGUUUUUAUUACCUGUGAUCCUGCUCGCGAUAGCCCCGAGGUGCUGCGCGAGUAUCUAAAGGAGUUCCACCCUGGCAUCGUUGGCUUGACUGGCACCUACGAGCAGGUGAAGAAUGUUUGCAAACAGUACCGCGUCUACUUCAGCACGCCUCGGGAUGUUAAGCCGGGUGAGGACUACUUGGUUGACCACAGUAUCUACUUCUAUCUGAUGGACCCCGACAACGACUUUGUUGAGUGCAUCGGUCGCCAGGACACCCCCGAGUCUGCAUCCAAGGUUAUCCUGGAGCACAUCAACGACUGGAAGCGCGAGGGCAAGCCGCUGAAGCUAGAAUAA